GGGCUCAAAGAGAUAUCAUCACUCGCUUCGUGGACGGUCAGCACAGCGAAACCCGGAAACGGCGUGGCGGCUCUGCGGUCUCCCGAUCCGGCACACUUCUGGCAGUCAGACGGGCCGCAACCGCAUUUACUUAGUAUUCACUUCUUCAAGCUCGUCUCCAUUGUCUCAAUCAGGAUACUACUGAGCUUCGAAGAUGACGAAUCGUACACGCCUACUAAGAUUCAGUUUCUGGCCGGCAUGGGCGCGCAUGAUGUGGUGGAGUUCGCCGAGAUGAGUUUCGAGCAACCAAACGGCUGGCAUGAAGUUGACUUCCGCCAUCGGCCUGUUCUGAGAGCCUUCCUCGUACAGGUACGCAUACUCGAGAAUCAUCAAAACGGCAAGGACACGCAUCUUCGUGGCGUACAGAUCUUC